AUGCAGCAGGACGACGAUUUUCAAAAUUUUGUAGCUACCUUGGAAUCAUUCAAAGAUUUGAAAUCUGGUAUUUCAGGAUCUCGUAUUAAGAAACUAACAACUUACGCACUUGAUCACAUCGAUAUCGAAUCAAAAAUCAUAUCUUUGAUAAUAGACUACUCAAGACUAUGUCCCGACUCUCAUAAAUUAGGUUCUUUAUAUAUCAUCGAUUCAAUAGGUAGGGCUUACUUGGACGAAACAAGAUCGAAUGCGAACAACAGCAGCAAUAAGCCCGGUACUUGUAUCCAUGCCAUAAACACAUUGGGUGAAGUAAUUCAAGAACUGCUAUCCGAUGCCAUUGCAAAAAGUAGCCAGGACCACAAAGAAAAAAUUCGUAUGCUUUUGGAUAUUUGGGACAGGUCUGGCUUGUUUCAAAAGAGUUAUUUGAACGCCAUCAGAUCGAAGUGCUUUGCCAUGGACAUAACGAAUAACACUGCUACAGCUGCCUCUGCCGCUUCGCAGCAAUUACCAGCGGAUCCCAGACAGAGAUCGAAACAAAUCUUGUCGAAUUUGAAAAAAACUCCUCCCGUAAACCUGAACAUAAGCGUCCCAACAAAUUUGACUUCCGCAGAUCCAGCCAAGCAGCAGGCUGCUCUAUUCCAACUAAUUGCUGCUUUGCAGCAGCAUUUCAAACCUUCUCCUUCUGCUCCGGCAACAGUGGACGAUGCUUCAACAUCGCAGACUCAUACAAUAACCGAAUAUGGUAGCAGACGUGAGCGCGAAAAAGAAAGAGAAAGAUACAACUCAAGAAGGAAUAGAUCAAGAUCUCCUCCAGCGGUUCUUCCGCAGCCACCUGCCGGCAGAAAGGACCGCUACCCAUCUGUAGCUCAGGAUCAAUACAGUAUAGGUGCUCCUAAUACGACAUUUGGUACAAACAAUCACCACUUAUACCCGGAUGAACUCAAUGUUUCAAAUAAUCCUCAUUAUAGACCGAAACCUGUUAGUUACGAUUCUUCGUUACCUCCAGACCAUAUCAAAGUUUACAGUCGUACCCUUUUUAUCGGUGGUGUCCCUUUAAACAUGAAAGAGUGGGAUUUGGCAAACGUCUUAAGGCCCUUUGCUGAGGUGCAAAGCGUCAUUCUGAAUAACUCCAGAAAACAUGCUUUUGUGAAAGUCUAUUCAAGACAUGAAGCAGAAAAUGUUUUGCAGAAUUUCAAUAAAGAUGGCGCUUUGCCAUUGAGAACCAGAUGGGGUGUUGGUUUCGGCCCAAGAGAUUGCUGCGAUUAUCAACAUGGCUACAGUAUUAUCCCCAUGCACAGGCUCACAGAUGCUGAUAAGAAAUGGUCUGUAAGUGCGCAAUGGGGGGGAACGUCCGGUCAACCUCUGGUUACCGGUAUUGUUUUCGAAGAGCCAGAUAUCAUUGUAGGUGAAGGUGUUUCUUCCAAGGCAAUAUCUCAAAAAAUGCCAACUGAUUCUGGCAGAAACGGCCCUCGCUCUGGUAAACCUAACAAAUCUGGUAGCAUAUCUUCGAUAUCCCCAGUGCCUUAUGGCAAUGCUUCACUAGCGUCUCCUCCACCACAGCAAUACGCGCAGCCCAUGAUACAGCAACCAUACGGUUAUGCUCCCAAUCAAUCAUUGCCUCCUCAAGUCCCUUCCGCAGCCGCUCCCCCUGUCCCACAACAACAACAGUUUGACCCUACUGCUCAAUUAAAUUCUUUGAUGAAUAUGCUUAAUCAACAACAGCAGCAAAGCUAG